AUGCCUAAAGCCAGUCAAACACCCUCUAAAGCUAAAUCAUCAACCAAGGAUGAAGCAAAAACCAAAAUCUUGAAGCCUAAAUCGAAGAAAAAUGCCCAGUCGUCAAGAGAACCCACACCCACACCUGCUCCUUCUCCUUCGAUAUCCUCCACUAUACCUACAUCAGCAUCCCUUAUUCAUACUAUUCCCAUUAUUCCCACCUCCACUGUAUGCUCUCCUCCAAAAACAACUACCUAUUCACCUGAGCUUCCUGCAAAAAAUAGCUUUAAGUCAACAAAGGUCAAAGCUACUCCAAGAAAAUUUGUCAAGAAAGUGCCUGAGGCUGCUACGCAGGGUAACAUUGUAGCCAAGGAAUCUGUGAUUCAGGGGGAAUCAGUGUCAGUCACUACUGAUCAGGUACCACAUCUUACUUCCAAGUUAGGUAUUUUGGUGUCUGCUAUAGAUGUUGCACCCCUAGAUACUCUCCCACCAACGAGUGAGAAUCCAUCAGUGGAGAAAUUCCCUGUAGAAAAAGGUGUAGGGGAUUUGGGAAAGGAGAUAGAUCCAACAGCUGUGGAGCCUGUAGUUGAGGAGGAAGGACGUAAAGAACCGAUGCAAAAUAAGGCUUCUAAUAGCCUUGAUUUUAGUUGGACUGAGGAUGAAGAAGAUAAUGAAGCUGAAAAAGAAGAAGAAGUUGUGAACAGCCAUGAGGAACAUGAGGCUCAAAACAUAGCCAAUGAAGAAGAAAAAAGUGAGAAUGAGGGAGUAUCUGGAGAUGAGAAGGAGAUUCAUACAGAGGAUAAGACAGAAAAGGUAAGUGAAAGUGAAGGAGGUGAUGACGAGAGUGAGGAAAAAAAGGGGAACGUGAGUGAGGAAUCUGAAGGUUCCAUGACAAUUGGAAACACUGUCAUAGCCCCUUCAGAAGAAAUUAGUGAAGAGACAAGGGCUCAAAAACCUGGGUCUCUGUUAACUCCUUUCACUGGAGAUGAAGAAGUUAGUAGUGAUGAGGAUGAUAUGUCACUAUUUGAGGUAGGGAAUAGGUCCAGGAAGACCACUGUGUAA